AUAAAUAUGUGAAGAGACCACCACGAAAGGCCUACGGCCGUUUGAGUGCUGACUCUGAUGAUGCUUCCUCGGCGAAACACAAAAUUGAUGAUCCUUUUGAGGAAAUCGAUAAUUUUGAAAUGAUAACACCCACAAAUGGCAAUACGGGUACGACGACGACAGCCAGCCAAAAUGGCUGCCAUCUACAUCAUCACAACGGUCAUCAUUCAGCCGCGACAAAUGAGGAUGAUUGUGGCGGUGGGGGAGUGGGUGAUAGUUGCUGUGAUGCUGCUUGCCAUGGUGUUGUCGACAGUGAUUGUAGCCUGUGUGGUGGCAAUGGCUUACAAAAUUCUUGCCUUGCAGGCUCAAACAUCAACGAUGGCGGCGGUGGUGGUGGUGGCCACUGUACCGCAGCUGAUUGUCAAGGAAAUUAUGCCGAUAGUAAUUUAUGUGAAUACAACAUGAAUAACUUGUGUGGCGAUGGUGUUGGCAGCAGUGGCGCAAAAGUAACCUCAAGUUCGACCGCAUCCCGUCUCAGCAGCAAGGAACUCAAUGAAAACACAAUAAACCGCUUACAGUCGAUGGCAAUGUCAGACGAUGAUGACUAUGAUGAAUCUCUUACCUGUAAUGUAUGCGAUCGGGCAUUUCAUUGUCAUCGACAAUUGGCAUCACAUCAACAAAAGAAACGACAUUUUGGCUGCAGCGGUUGCGAUAGUUUGUUCCCCUCCCUAAUGCUGUUGGAACAUCACAAGGAGGAAUUUGAGCAUUGGAGUGAUGAUGAAAUAAGUCGACGGGUCUGCUGUCGUCGAAAUCGUGGUGAUGAUUACUUUACCGAUACCGAUUCAUUUACCAGUGAUGCUGAAAGUGAAGAUUUAGAAAGGCUGUUAUAA